AUGUUUGGCGUAGUAAAAAAUACUGAAGCUAAUAAAUGGAGAAUAAGAAAGAACGAGAAACUAGAAAUUAGAAUCAUUGUAACUGAACAUCGUAAAAACCAUCAGAAGUAAGAGAUUAUAUAAUGGACAAAACACACGUCUGUAGAAGCCAACACGCAUUACUUCAUACAGUUCUGGAAAAAGACCCUAUAGAAAAAAAAAGCCCUUUGAGAGUCCGAGGUAAGGCGGGAAGACGUAUAAUCAAGAAAGAUGUGGAAGUACUAAGAAGAGAAUUAGAUUGGGAAACACGAGCAUCAGAAAGAAAUGACCGGAUGUAUGGAUGUUUGACGCGGUGGUUCAAGACUAGGUCUUCUAAUGGCCACAUUAUUUGUAUUCUGAAGAAGAAUAAACAGCAAUUGUUAUCUUGA